AUGGCGAGUUCGGACAGCGACCAGAAGCCUAAGCCCAGCAAUCUACGAUCCAUCAUUGCCGGAUCCACAGCCGGAGCAGUCGAAAUUUCAAUUACAUACCCAGCGGAGUUUGCAAAAACAAGAACCCAGUUGAACCAUCGACUUCCGGAUGGAAAGAAACUGCCUUGGCCGCCGUUCGGUAAGGCGUGGUAUGCAGGAUGUACAACUUUAAUACUGGGGAAUUCGCUCAAGGCAGGAAUUCGUUUCGUGGCCUUCGACACAUUCAAAUCCUUCCUUCAAGAUAAUGAGGGCAAGAUAUCGGGGCCUCGAACAGUUGUUGCGGGCUUUGGGGCCGGAUUCACUGAGUCACUUCUCGCAGUAACUCCUUUCGAGAAUGAUCGUAAAUCUGGAAACCCUCGAAUGCGAGGCUUCGUUCAUGGGACCACCCUUAUUUUUCGCGAGCGGGGAAUUCGUGGCUUUUUCCAAGGAUUUGUCCCAACGACCGCUCGACAAGCCGCAAACUCAGCUACGAGAUUUGGUAGCUAUACAACACUCCGCCAAUUUGCCCAAGGAUAUGUUGCCCCUGGUGAGAAGCUUGGUACCUUGAGUACAUUCGCUAUUGGGGGGAUGGCUGGACUGGUUACAGUUUAUGUGACACAGCCACUGGAUACUGUGAAGACGAGAAUGCAAUCUAUUGAAGCAAGAAACAGUUAUAAUAACAGUUUUGAAUGCGCUGCGAAGAUAUUGAGAGAUGAAGGAAUUUUUACUUUCUGGUCUGGCGCCGUACCCCGACUUGCAAGACUAAUUCUUAGUGGUGGGAUCGUAUUUACGAUGUAUGAGAAAACCAUGGAGGGUUUGGAUGCUCUUGAUCCUAACAGGAA